AUGCGGCGGUCAAUUAACCUAUCUCUAGGCAAUGGCAACCUUGAGGAAUUAAAAAGCCUCCAAAAUGCCAGCUCCCCUAGACGUCUGGCCAACGUGAAAAGUCUAUGGAGUUCACGUUCUGAUGCAGACUACUUCGAAAAGAGUCUAGACUACAAGUACUGCACAUGUAUUACAAACGUCACUAGCAGUGCCAAGGAGAUAUUUGAGCGGACGACAAAAGACAACGACAAACUAUCCCCUGAUACGCUUUUGCUUCUCAAACAGUGCGAACAUUUGACUUCGGAGCAGUACAACUCACUGGAACACCGGAGCCUAAACAGACAAAUAUCCAAGGCAGUUAGACGGGAUAUCAGGAGAAAAAACACGCAAAUAAUUCACCGCUUAAUAGAAAAACAUCGGGGCCCAAAGGUGUUUCAGAGGGCUACGAGUAGUGGCACUAGCCAGCUUAACAAACUGGAAGACGAAAAUGGCCAUAUAGUAACGGACACUUCAGGGCUGUUAAAUGUGUUAGCCAAAUUCUAUGACAAACUAUAUGAAUCACAAAAUAUACAGUACUUGACGGACAGUGCAGAGUGUUCACGUACAACUCUGACAAAACAUUACACCGGAGACAUUCCAGAUAUCAGUACCUAUGAAGUUAAGCAGGCUUUGAAGCAACUUAACGUCACAUCGAGAAUAUCACAAAGAUUGGACGAAUACCAGCCUAAAGAGCAAGCGGGCUUCAGGAGCGGUUUUAGUACAGUCGAUUAUAUUCUCACAGUGAGGCAAGUGAUACAAAAAUCACUUGAGUACAACCUACCACUAUACCUUGCCCUCGUGGAUUAUGAGAAGGCGUUCAAUACGGUGGAACAUUGGGCAAUUUUUGACUCCUUAAAGCGUUGCCGAAUAGACUACAGAUACAUCCAGCUGUUGAAAAACCUUUACCGCUCAGCGUCAACGACAGUGCAAAUUCAAGGCUCCAAAACAUCAAGACCACUCGGAAGAAGAGUGCGUCAAGGUGACGUAAUAUCUCCUUUUCACAAAUGCACUAGAAGACGUAUUUAA